AGGCCUGCCAGCCUUCACGUCCAUCGCACACCCUGCCCUGCCCCGCCCCACCCGACCCCCCCUGCUCACGCAGAAGGCCCCGCCCCCCUCACCCAGGGUGCGUACCCACCCUCUUAGGGCUUGUGGGCUGUCUCGGAGUCUUCUCUGACAUCGGCGCUCCUGGCAGGCUAGAAAUCCAGCUUCACCUCACCACCGCGCCAGGGCGGGAGGGCGCCCCAGGCCUGGCCCCCUGGAACGGGGCCUCCGCCCCUCCUCGAGUAGGAAUCGUCCUUGGAGAUGGAAGGGGAGAAGCAGCAGGAGCCCUACGUGGGCCUAUUUGCGGACGGGCACCUGAUCCUAUGGACGCUGUGCUCGGUGCUGCUGCCCGUGUUCAUCACCUUCUGGUGCAGCCUUCAGCGGUCGCGCCGGCAGCUUCACCGCAGGGACAUCUUCCGUAAGAGCAAACACGGGUGGCGCGACACGGACCUAUUCAGCCAUCCCACCUACUGCUGCGUGUGCGGGCAGCACAUCUUGCAGGGCGCCUUCUGUGACUGCUGCGGGCUGCGUGUGGACGAGGGCUGCCUCAAGAAGGCCGACAAGCGCUUCCAGUGCAAGGAGAUCAUGCUCAAGAAUGACGGCAGGGCCCUGGACAGCAUGCCUCACCAUUGGAUCCGGGGCAACGUCCCCCUGUGCAGUUACUGUGUGGUUUGCAAGCAGCAGUGCGGCAGUCAGCCGAAGCUCUGCGAUUACAGGUGCAUUUGGUGUCAGACAACGGUCCACGACGAGUGCAUGAAAAGUACCUUAAGGAAUGAGAAGUGUGACUUUGGAGAAUUCAGAAACCUCAUCAUUCCACCAAGUUAUUUAACCUCUAUUAAUCAGAUGCGUAAGGACAAAAAAACAGAUUAUGCAAUGCUAGCCUCUAAGCUUGGAAAGCAAUGGACUCCGUUAAUAAUCCUGGCCAAUUCUCGCAGUGGAACGAACAUGGGGGAAGGACUGUUGGGAGAAUUCAGGAUUCUUUUAAACCCAGUCCAGGUUUUUGAUGUAACUAAAACCCCCCCGAUCAAAGCCCUGCAACUCUGUACUCUUCUUCCAUACUACUCAGCUCGAGUACUUGUUUGCGGAGGGGAUGGGACUGUGGGCUGGGUCCUGGACGCGGUUGACGAAAUGAAAAUCAAGGGACAAGAAAAAUACAUCCCACAAGUCGCGGUCCUGCCUCUGGGAACAGGCAACGAUCUGUCCAAUACGCUGGGCUGGGGCACAGGUUAUGCGGGAGAAAUCCCAGUCACACAGGUCUUGAGAAAUGUGAUGGAAGCAGAUGGAAUUAAGCUGGACAGAUGGAAAGUUCAAGUGACAAGUAAGGGAUACUACAACCUGAGAAAACCCAAGGAAUUCACAAUGAACAACUACUUUUCUGUUGGACCAGAUGCCCUCAUGGCUCUCAAUUUUCAUGCUCAUCGUGAGAAGGCACCAUCUCUGUUUUCUAGCAGAAUUCUUAAUAAGGCUGUUUAUUUGUUCUAUGGAACCAAAGAUUGCUUAGUGCAAGAGUGUAAAGAUUUGAAUAAAAAAGUUGAGCUAGAACUGGAUGGUGAGCGAGUAGAACUGCCUAAUUUGGAAGGUAUUAUAGUUCUGAACAUUGGAUACUGGGGCGGCGGCUGCAGACUGUGGGAAGGGAUGGGAGACGAGACUUACCCCCUAGCCAGGCAUGACGACGGUUUACUGGAAGUCGUUGGAGUAUAUGGGUCCUUCCACUGUGCUCAGAUCCAGGUGAAACUGGCAAACCCUUUCCGAAUAGGACAAGCACAUACAGUGCGGCUGAUCUUGAAGUGCUCGAUGAUGCCGAUGCAGGUGGACGGGGAGCCCUGGGCCCAAGGGCCCUGCACGGUCACCAUAACUCACAAGACACACGCGCUGAUGUUGUAUUUCUCUGGAGAACAAACGGAUGAUGACGUCUCUAGUGCUUCAGAUCAAGAGGACAUAAAGGAAACUGAGUAGCUGGAUGAGGAAAUGAAUGCUUAGAAUGGAAUCCUCACAAACACGUAAAUGCAUAUUCAUCCGAAAGCAGAAAUUCUCUAUCAGCUAUUUAGUCUUCAUGUCACCAGUAGUAUAAUGAAUAUGCUUUUCUGUAAAUAGCAUUCCAAAACCAGCCAAACAUCCAGUUGUUUCUAGGCCUGUUUUGCAGGGGUUUUGGUUUAACAAAACACGUGGAUCAUAUAAUGCUCGUUUUAAAAAGCCACCGAACUUUACAUGGAGGUGAAGUGCUGUUUCCGUGGCUUUGUGCUGGAGAGCGAGGCUCACUGAAGGCAGCCCCACACCUCCUUACUCCUGAACCACGCGUCUGCUGAGCACGUCACACACCUGGCGAGGUGUGGGUGGAAACCACUCCCAUCUUAAUUUUCAAUGUGGUGACAUUGCAACAUUUAAAAAGUUAACUUGCUGCUUUGGAAGGAGAUGGCUGGUUUCCAGCCAGCAUGGCCAGUGCAGGGCCCCUUCCUGCAGCACACCUCUGAAGGUUUCCUAUAGCCCAGCACCAAGCGGGUCCAUAAAUAACUUAUUUCCAAGAAAGCCUGAAAGGAGAAAUGUAAAAGAUGAUAUUUAACGUUUGUGUCAUAAUUUUUAUUUUAGGAGCAUUUUCGGACCCCGAAAGUUGUUUGAUUAACCCUGGUUGCGACCAUGUUGAGCUGCUGAAAUUGAGCAUCUUGUGUAUAAUGCAGGGUGGCCAAAGGAGAACCACACAGGUGCACUGGGAAAAGUUAACACUUGGAACACUGUGGAUUGAAGGUUAUAGGUUCGAAGCUGGACAGUUCACCAACUUUCUUUUCAUUAAAGGACAAUAUCAGCAAUUCAAAAAGUGUACUAAAGGAAGUUUACUAUUCAUAUUGUUUGAAAACAGUUCAAAAAUAGUUGAUAAGUUUUAAAAUUUCAGUGAUCUUACAGUAGUUUGAAUACAGUAGUCUUUUAUAGCCAAAACACUUAACAGAGCCUCCCCUUGGGGAAGUGACAGAAUCCUCCGCGAAAAUGUUAAUAUUGUAUUUAUUUUAAGAUGAGAUAUAUUUUUUUACUUAUUUAUUUCCUUAUUGUGGCAACCUAUGUUUAGUGUUUACAAUAUAUGGCUUUAUUUUAAUAAUUUAAAUUGAUCACAUAAAUUCUAGUCACAGUCAGAUAGAAAUGUAGCCUAUUGCCUAACUAAUUAAAACCCAUAAGUUAAUUCUCCUGUCAGAUAUUCUCAUUCUUCAUAAAUAAAUACUCCUCAAUUUAAAAGGGUGGUGGGGGCAGUGAAAAUACUGGCAGACUACUUUUAGAUAACUAAAAGUUUUGUUUCAUUGUUUUAUUUGACCCUCAAUUGCCAAAAACUUAGGGCGGAAGGAAUUGAGACAACUGUAAUAGCAUGAUCAAUAAAAUAUAAUUUAAAAGCAAAAUUAUUGAAGGCCUAGUCUCAUAGCUGCCCAUUACAGGGUGCUCUUCUGUUGUUAGCUGGCCUGCUCCCUCUGGGCCCCUGGCUGGGCAGACCCAUUGGGCCCGCAGCCCGGCGUUUCUCUGCCCAGGGGCCUGCCUGUGUGCUUGGGGGUCUUUCACAGCAUUAGUCUCUGCAGCAUUAAAACGUAUCCCCCCAAACAACAUUAGCCCUCCUUAAGGAUCUGCUAUACGAAUCUGCCAUCCAUGAAUUGCUAUGAACUUAAAUUUUAGUCACCUUCCGGCCCAGGAACCACCUAGUGCUGUAUACAAUAGUCAGUACAUUAGGUAAAACACAUUUAUGUUGCUUAAAUUAACAUCUUCCCAAUCUCAACAGGAAGUGCUAAAUUCUCAGACUGAAAGAUUUUUGUGAGCAGACCUGUUUUCACCUUGUUCACAUGUAUUGUGGUAAUGGGAGAGUUUUGUAGAUUUUCUUCUGUGGGUUGAUUAUGUUUUGAGUAUAAUGAGUUUUAUUCUUUAACUCGUGGUCAGAAUUGUUACAGGUAUCGCCUUCUACAAAUACAAGUGCACAAAAGCCGGUUUACAGUUGCAAGUGCGCAGUUUAUUCUUGUGUUAUUAUGUUAUUAAUCGUAUUUUCCGUACAAACUGCACACCUACUUUUGCCAACCCCUGUAUACUGUCAAGUUCACUUUGCUUUAGACUAUAUUUUAUCUAUUAGAUAAUUCUUAGUGCUAAUUAUACAAUCAAAGUACAGCGUUACUUUGGGAUAUCAGAAUUAAAAUAAUCAAAAUAACUAUAUACUUUUUUUUAAUUGUUAAAACUGUAUUCUAAUCAUACUGUUACACUGGAUUUAAAAACAGGUUUAUAUACAACCGUCACUGAUUUAAACAAAUUGGUUUUUCAGUUUUCAUAAUCAAUGAGGUUUUUUCCCUGACUUGCCAUGAAGUUUUUCUGUUCCCUUAUUCACUCAUUCAGAAUUAAUAUUUAUUUAGGAAAGUUAUUUCAUACCACCGUAAUUAUAAAACAUCUUAUUUUAGCAAAAUUCACUUUUUUGGCACAUUUACCCAGCAUUUCAAAUACACGUAUAGGCAUGUGUUUUGUUUUACGUGAUUACAAUUCACAAGUUGUAUAUUAGGGUAGCAAUUGUUUAUGUUACUGGGGAUUCUUCACUUUCCAAAAGCUAAUUUCCCACAAGAGUUUCCUGAUCCACUUGAAACUGUCUUAAUUUUGUCAAAUAAUAGCUUCUAUAUCCUCAGGAAGAAAUAUCUGAAGUAAACCACAGCUCCACGCCUGUGUUGAGCUCUUUCAUCUCUCACUGUCCCCCUCUUGGACAUCCUAACUCCCAGUAAACUUAGUGGCCAAAAUACCAAUCCAUGGAAGCUCUUAGGAUCCCUUAUAUAAGUAUUUAAUGGUGAUAAAUUACAUGUUUUCUUAUGUUUAAUAGAAAUCAGACUGACUUCUGUUUUAAAAGACACAUUGUCUCCUGGUAACACCAAACGACCUUAGGUGUAUUUUAGGUUCUCGGCAACAAUUACCUGUGAAGACUUAAUAGAGCCCAUAUCUGUAACAAUUUUAGACUCUAAAUUCUUUAUCUACUUUUUUUAGCUCUCUCAGAUACAUGAUUAAUCUUCCCUUUUUGAAAUCUGUUUGCCUACUUAGAGUUAUAAAAUAUAGUGACUCUAAAAUUAUAAAAUACUUUUUGCACUAUAAAAAUUAAUACCACCAGCAU